AUGAUCCUCGAUAGUCUCGGUAUUCCGUACGAGAUUCUGGAGGCCAGCGACCGCAUUGGCGGGCGCAUCUACACUCACCGCUUCAACGGCGACAAAGGCGCCACCGCACCGAUCAACACUCCUGCGCGCUACGACUACAUCGACAUCGGUGCGAUGCGCUACCCCAAUAUCGGCUUCAUGAAGCGGGUCUUCGACCUCUUCGAGUUGCUCCAGCUUGAUAAAGAUGGACUUCUCAUCGAGUACAAGUUCUCCUCGGAACACACGUUCCAGCACUACAACGGCCGACGCUACCCAGGGGUCGCGCAAUCCAACGACAUCUUCGAUGUUUCCGUCGAGAAUGGAGGAACUGUGCCUUCUGCCUACGUCGCUUGGGGAGCGGAUAGCGUUGCUGCCGAGGUGUAUAAGCCGUUUACCGACCUUUUCAAGUCUGAGAAGUUCUCGAAGGCAUGGGCUGUUCUUCAACAAGAGGAUUCGCACUCUACGCGCGCGUACAUGCGCGGCAGAAAGGAGAAUCCUCUGCCCGAGGCGGUGGUCCAGUGGCUUGAGACCUUCGAAACCGCCACCGGCCUCUACAACGACGCUUUCGUCGAGAGUGUCAUGGACGCCAUGGAUUUCGGCAGCGUGGACGCAGUGCGAAACCCCAAAGGUGGCCUAGGCUAUAGUUGGUACUGCAUCGACGGAGGCUCCGACAUCAUCACUCGCAAGAUGAUCAGCAUAAUCUCUACGGAGCCGCUCACCGAGAAGCGGGUGACGAACCUUGCGAGCACCCCGAAGGGUAUGGCGGUGACCUAUCAGAAAUCAGAUGGAAAGGCGACUACGACGGAAUACUCGCAGGUUAUCUGCACCGUGCCUAUGGGCUGUCUCGCGGGCAUCGAUAUACCCGUGGGAGACCUUUCCUACUUGCAGCGCAUGGCGAUUCGCUCGCUGAAUUACGACACCUCGACCAAGAUCGCGCUGAAGUUCGAGUCGCGCUGGUGGGAGGACCCUAAGAUCAUGCCUCAUGGCCCGAUCAAAGGCGGCAUGUCGUCGACCGACCUUCCCAUCCGUACCUGCGUCUACCCAUCCUACGGCUUCUCGUCGUCUGGCCAAGUCCCCGGUGUGUUGCUCGCGAGCUAUACGUGGGCACAGGAUGCUCAGCGUCUUGGUGGUCUUGCGGCGGGAGUGAAGGGGUCGAAGGCGGACAAGGUCCUCAUCGACCUUACGCUGAAGAACCUAUCGCAGCUGCACGGCGUGCCAGUCGAGAAGUUUGGACCGCUCCUUGAUCACUACGCAUAUGACUGGCACAACGACGAGAACGCGCGCGGCGCGUUUGCCCUCUUCGGGCCGGCGCAGUUCAGUCAGAAAGAUUCCGGCAGUAGCCUAUUCGCCAGCGUCAAGGCCCCUGCAGCAGGAGGGAAGCUGCACAUAGCCGGAGAGGCCACAUCGGCGCACCAUGCCUGGGUGCUCGGUGCCCUCAACUCCGCCUGGAGGGCCGUGUAUAACGCGUUGGGGAUGCGCGAGGAUGCGAAGGAGAAAAGAGAGGUUUUGAUCAAGAAAUGGGGCGUGCCAGAUGAAGAAGACACGACCGACUUGCUGAAGUUGGCCGCUCUUUCCUCCUACGGGUAUCUUUGA